AUGUCUAGGAUCCUUAGAGAAUAUAGGCAUAUCCAGAAGCAGCUGGAGUCGUAUCCGUCUAUUAUAUCGCUGCAACCCCGGGAUGAUAUGAGUGAUAUCCAGAACUGGCAGGCGCAAUUCUACGGCCCUCCAAACACUCCAUUCGAAAAUCACAUAUUUACGCUACUUAUAACAGUUCCUGAUUCCUACCCCCAUGAUCCACCAUUGUGUAAAUUCCCUCCGAAACACGUGUGUCAUCCAAAUAUUAAGUGGUCAACAGGAGAAAUAUGCUUGGACCUGUUGAAGCAUGAAUCGUGGUCUCCGCUUUAUAAUCUCCUGGAGGUGGUAAUGGCUAUCAGCACUCUUUUGGCUGAGCCAGGGGUGGAAUCCCCGCUUGAUGUGGAUCUUGCAAUCAUAUACGCAUCCGACAGACGAGCAUACGAUGCCCUUAUCAAGUACAGACUACUCUCGAGACCAAAUUUCAACUUGUAA